UUUUCCAGGUUGUAUAUUUGGCCAGGUUACAUCUUAUACAGCGUGGUGUUUGGGACUUGGGGACGCGCUAUAUCUGUAUAUGUUUAUGUCUUGCGCCAGUUGUUUAUAAUAAGUACUAAAUACCCGUAAUAGAAUAAAAGAAAUGGCUACAGGACAGAAGGAUGCUGAGUUUUUGUGCACUGGAGAUAGCUCGGAUGUAAAGAAACCAGAGAGAAAAAACAAAAUCUCCGAUUUACUCGAUCCAAUAACAGGCGAAGCCGAGGAGCCGAUAGAAGUUUGCUUUGAAGAUGUUAGUGCAGCUUCGUUUAGGAUUAAAAGUGGCGUUAAAAGAACACCAUGCGAGAAAUCCAAACUUUCUGAUGCUGUUGACAUGAAGUUGUACUUCAAGAAGGAGUAUCUUCAGUUUACUGGCAGUUUUAAGGAGAGAGGAGCACGGAACACUCUCUUGAUGUUACCAAAAGAACAGAAAAAGAAGGGUGUAAUUGCGGCAUCUGCAGGAAACCACGCCCUUGCCCUAUCAUACCAUGGUCAGGACUUAGGUAUCCCUGUUACCGUAGUGAUGCCAAUCAAUGCACCUAUAAUGAAGAUAUCAGCAUGCAAGAAGUAUAAUGCUACAGUUCAUGUAAAUGGUGCUGAUAUUAUAGAGUCUAAAGAAAUUGCCUUACGACUAGCCAAGACAAAUGGAUUAGCCUACAUUAAUGGAUAUGAUCACCCCUAUAUCCUUGCUGGUCAGGGUACUAUAGGUCUAGAGAUCAUUGAUGAGGUCCCAGAUGCUGAUGCUGUUGUCAUACCGGUUGGCGGCGGAGGGCUUAUUGCAGGAAUAGCAGUUGCAAUCAAGUCACUCAAUCCAGAUAUACAAAUCAUAGGGGUAGAGUCUGAGCGUUGUGCUAGUUUCCAGGCUGCUCUGGAUGUGGGCCACCCGGUCAAGAUAGAUGCCAACCAGUCCUUAACACUUGCCGAUGGUCUGUGUGUCUCCAAGGUUGGUGGUAAUGCGUUUGUGACAGCCAAGCCAUACGUGGACAAGGUUAUUAGUGUGAGUGAGGAUUUUAUUGCGUUAGCGAUCCUGCGGCUGGUUGAGGAGGAGAAGGCAGUCGUGGAGGGGGCAGGGGUGACAGCCUUUGCCGCCAUCCUAGCUGGAAUGCUACCAGAACUCAAGGGAAAAAAGGUUGUGGUUCCUCUUUGUGGGGGGAAUAUUGAUUCCACGGUAUUGGGUCGCUGUAUAGAGAGAGGUCUAGCAGCAGACGGUAGGCUCUGUCGUAUGAUUGUAACGGUUAGCGACAGACCUGGUGGGAUAGCUGACCUCACACGACUACUAGCUUCACUUGGUGCAAGUGUAAAAGACAUGUACCAUGAGAGAGCAUGGCUGACAUCAAGUGUAUUUAGUGUACAGAUUAAAGUUGUUAUAGAAGUUAGAGACAAAGAACAUGGGCUGGAGGUAAAAGAAGCACUAGAAAAUAGCUACCCCAACAAUGUGAUGUGGGGGCAGGACUACAACUUUGUACAAGCCAAGCUGCACAAAGAACCAGAGAGGGGGACUGGGAAGUAAUCAGCAUGCCCUUAGGUCAAGGUCACACUGGUAGUGUGUGGUUGUCGUAAGGGAGAGGCAGAUAAUAGGGGUAUCCUGAUUGAGUCAGGGACAUUACCUAUUUCAAUAAAUGUUGUCAGUGCAAAUGGCAAUUGGCAAAUGGCAGUUCUAAUACCAAUGACUGCUUAUAGGUAAUAUUAUUUGUAAGAAUAAAGAUGAUAAGUAAUAUAAUCACAGAAAUUAUCCACACUUUUGUACAUUCAGUAGAAAUUUGACGAGUUCCAUGGUAUUUUUUGUUAGAACUGCCAUUUGCCAAUCACCAUUUGCCGUUUCGCACUGACACGUUUUUGAAAUAGGUAUAUAUGUAUUCUGUAUAGGUGUCAUAAGGGUCCAGGGGAAUAAUGAGUGUGUCUCAAGGGUCUUGGGGCAUGUGUGCUGUGUUGGUGUCAUAAGGGUCCAGGGGAAUAAUAAGUGUGUCUCAAGGGUCUUGGGGCAUGUGUGCUGUGUUGGUGUCAUAAGGGUCCAGGGAAAUAAUGAGUGUGUUUCAAGGGUCUUGGGGCAUGUGUGCUGUGUUGGUGUCAUAAGGGUCCAGGGAAAUAAUGGAAGUGCCCAAGGGUCAGGGGCAUCUAUGGUAAGGUCAGGAACAAUGGGUGUGUCCCAGGGUUGCAGGUGUGGCCAAAGAAAAUAAUAGGUGAGACAAGCACACCACAUACUGUAUGUUGGGCUAGGGGACAAGGGAAUAAUGGGUGUCAAAUAUGUAUAUUGUAUGGGUGUUCUCUGAAUCUGUGUGAGAUUCAAGCAAGUUGUCUAGAACUAACUGAAUUUCUUGAUAUUAUAGAUUUAUAUUCCAAUAAUUUCUUCAGAUAUUUGGUACCCUGCAUUGCCAAAAAUGAUUAUUUUAUGAUUAGAUAAAGGCUUUAUUUUUAGAAUGGGUCAAUGUGUUUGCAAUAACCAUUUUAGGGGAUUACUGUUGAAUCCGUGGAAUCGCGACCCAUGUUUUCAAAACACUAUUUGAUUUGGUUUUCUGUUCCAUCAGUAAAACCAAUCUGAGCCAGCAACCAGAGUCUCGCUUUGUGCACUUCCCUGGCUUUCCUCUGGGCGAAAACCAGACAGUGUCACGACAGAAAGCCAGGCAACUGCACUAGGUGAGAGAUGGCAAGAAUCUUAAGAAUCUGAUUGAUUUGACUGGGGGAACAGAAAAUCCCAAAAACAAAUCGAUGUUUUGAAAAUGCGGCGUCAAGAUACAAUGGAAUUGACAGUAAAUGCAAUGUCAUGAGCUUGCCCGGCUAUUUAUUGAAUGGAUAAACCAUUGAUGGUGAUAUUUCCUGGAUCACUUUUAUAGAAUGGUUAUUCAUGUUAGUGGUCCAUGGGUCACUUUCUCAUUAGACUAUUUAAUCUGAACCAAUAUAAGCCAUGAUCGUGGUUCAUCACACUUUUAUUGUGAAUAGUGUUAAACACGAGGUUCUGCUAUAAAAGGGAAAGCUCCUCCCAUCCCCGGGCUCGAAUUUGCAAUUACAAUCAUAACACUGCCAAGCUACUGUAGCCAUGACAAAUUAUGUCUCUUGUAAAAUUGCUAUUUUUGCACAGGUAACAUGGCAGUCAGUGAUUUGCUCUCCACUCAUGUUUUCGGUGCAAAAUUUUAAAUUUUAGGCUAUCCAUAAUCUCUUGAGCUAAUGAUGCUUUAUUCCAUUUAGGUUUUAACAAUAAUUAGCAUUUCAUUUAAUUGAAAAUGGCAAAAUUUUCACAGAAAAUUUGCACAUGCCCCCAGACCCCCCUAUAUAAUAUUAUUUACACCCCUGAAAAAAUGGGCUCGAAAUCAACUUUUCUGCUGGCUUGGAGGUGUUUAAGCCUGCUCCGCCGUCCCUUAAUGACAUGUCAGUGCCCCCCAUGCACACAUACAAAUUUUUAGCUUUUUUUGUUUUGGAGGAGGGCCUUUAUUUUUGGUAGCCUCUUUGGGGGAGGGACACCAUUUCUAUCCUUUAUUUUUGGGGAGAGUCGAAAUUUUUGAAGCAAAAAAAAAAAACUUAGCAGCCCUCCCCCCCCCCUAAAUAAUGACCCUUCCCUUAGCAUUAUCCAUGUUUGAACAUUGGAUCUGUAUCAUUCAAAUAGAUUGAGUAGCUAGAUAAGAGUUCAUUUAUGUAUGUCUGAUUUGGCUUUCAAGAAUCCUGACCAGAUUCCAUUUCAGCCUUGCUACCUCCCUUCAUAGAAAAAGCAGACAUUAAUAAAGUAACUGCUCGAUGUCACACAGACUGCUCCUCAUAUGGCGUCUCGCUACAAAGAUAAUCUGUCAUUAUUGGAAGCUUCAGGCUCUGUGAGAAAAACUUUUGCUCAACGGGGUUGUUAACAGUCCAUAAUACGAGGCUGACUCCACGUUCUCUCCACUCCUCCACAUAGAACCUGAAAAAAUAACAUCAGAAAUAAAACUAGAAUCAUACA